AUGGCGGGUCAGCUUCGCCGGGUCGAGUCUCAAGGAACAGACGAGCGGACGGGAAAGAAGCCGAGUCGCAGGGCUUCGGGUUUGACGGCGGUGCAGGAGAUGAAGUCGAGAUCCAGAGUGCGGAGGCUUUCUGGUGGCGCAAAGGUGCAGCAGCGUUUUGAGGGGCUUGACCCGAGGAUUUAG